UCAUGGAGGUCACAGCUCUCUGCUUCAGACUGAUGAUGCUUCAACUCAUUUUACUGAGGACUCAAGCUCAGAACAGUUACACUCAGAAAACAGAUGCAGAUUUCCUUCGUAUCACUCCAAACAGACUGCAGUACUUUGAAUUUGAACCAGUUUCUUUUGAAUGUGUUGGGUUUGGUGGCCUGAGCGACCUGAGAGUGAUCAGGAAAACUAAGGAAUUCAAACCAGUGUGUGAUAUAAAGAGGACAUCAAUGGGGUCCUUCUGCAAAAUAGAGAGAGCCUAUCCAUCAGACAGUGGAGAAUACUGGUGUGAGACAAAAGAAGGAGAGAGAAGCAGCACAGUCAACAUCACUGUCACUGCUGGUUCUGUGAUCCUGGAGAGUCCUGGCUCGUCCUGUGAUGGAGGGAGAUGA